UCGUCCUCCUUCAUUCUCCUGUCUGUCCCCCGCCAUUGUGUCCAGCUGUGGCCGUCACAGGGUGCGACCGCUGGUGCUCACCUGCCAGGUCCUUGGCCUCAGGACGACUGCCAGCACCAGCAGCUUCCCUACAUGAGGGACAAAGCCACGCAGACCCCCAGGGCCUGGGCAGAUGAGAGGAGGCGGGGCUCCCACAAGCGUUCGGCCUCCUGCGGGAGCACCGACCAGCUCAAGGAGAUCGCGAAGCUGCGCCAGCAACUCCAGCGCAGCAAGCGGAGCAGUCGCCAUCGGAGGGACAAAGAACGCAAGUCGCCCUUCAAUGGCGGCAGCCACGCCAUCAUGCAGUCGCAGGCGCCCAUUCCCAAAACCAUUCUGAUACCCAUCCCGAUAGCCAAGUCGUCUGCCCCUCGUUUCCGCAACAGCGUGGAGGGUCUCAACCAGGAGAUCGAACGCAUCAUCAUCCGAGACACCCCUGAGAAGGACGAGACCAUUGUGCCACAGGACGUCCCUGAUGGGCACCGUGCGCCGCCGCCCAUGCCCCCGCAGCGCAGCAGCAGCACCCGCAGCAUCGACACGCAGACCCCCUCGGGGGCCGGUGGCCUGGGCGGUAGCCAUAGCAACAGCAGCAGCCGCCCCGACUCCAUCUCGCCAUCCUACCUCACCGUCCUCAACGAUGCGAGCGGCGGCGGCGGCGGCAGCCCCUUUGAGGAAAAAGAGCUGGGUCAUUACUCGCCGCUGCCAAAGUACGCCGCUUCACCGCGGCCCAACAAUAGCUACACUUUCAAGAGAGAACCUCCGGAGGGUUGCGAGAAAGUCAAAGUGUCUGAGGAGUCUCUGCCAAAAACUCUGCAAGAGAUCCCCCCCUUCCUGUGUCCUGACCGCAACAAGGUCAACUUCAUCCCCAACAGCGGUUCCGCCUUCUGCCUCGUCAGCAUCCUCAAACCCCUGCUCCCCACCCCGGACCUUAACUUCCGCCCCGGGGUGGGCCUGCGUAGUCUGUCCCCGUCGCUGGUGCCUCUGUCCACCCAGCCCUGCCUCCUGGAGGAGCCCGAGAGCUUCUGAUGAGGCCUUCCACGCAACUUUCAACACUUUUAAGCUCCUACAAAAAAAAAAACAACAAAAAAAACGGCCUUCAGCAUGCAAGCUCUCUGAUGUCUUUAGCCGCAUCUCCAUCGAGAUGCUCUUUCUUCAAACGACGCUUCCCACUGCCUCACCCCCUCUGACAACACAUUUCAUUGCCAUCUUUUUUAUUCUUCUUAGUGUUUUUGGAAGGAAAAGGGCAUAAAGACCUUGAUUUCAUCGUACGAUACCAUGACGCCUUUCCACAAGACAUAUCUUUUUUUUAUAUACAUAAGUAGAAAAGAUGCCUUCCACUACAGAAGGGCCAAGGUGCUGCCGGAUUGUAGCAAAACUUGAAGGGGGGAAGAAAAAAAAAAUGGUGCCUGAUAUUUUAGACCGCUUCGUUGAACAAAUGUGAUGUAGCGCCCAUGGCGGGGCGAAGCUAACCAAAUUCAUUUAUUUGUAUUUGCUAAUGCUAAGGAGUGCAAGCUAACACGUUUUGUCUGUGACAGGUCCCCCCCCCCCCCCCCCCCCCCAAACACCCCAUUGCUUACUUGUGUCCACUGAGUCAUCACGGAUAGGCCAACUUCCUGUGUGGAGAGGCUCAAACAAAACUACCAUGAUUAAAACGUCUGUGUCUCAAAUGGAAUACUUCCGUCAGUGCACUUCAAUAAGUAUACUAAGAACACUUACUUUCUGACUGCGCAAAUUUUAGUGUAUUGCUGUCCCAUACCCUGCGAUUGGCGGGAGACCAGUCCAGGGUGUACCCCGCCUCCCACUCAGCUGGGAUGGGCUCCAGCAUGCCCUGGCGACCCUAAUUAGGAUCAGCGGCAUAGAAAGUGAAUGGAUGGAUAGUGCUGUCACUAUGCAGGCGCACUUACCUUCUUUCUAUUUUUUUAUAAUACAUUGCAAGCGCUCUAAUUCCGCCCCUUCCGCUAUGUAGCCAAGAUGGCGACUAUUGAGCGUUGGAGAGUUGUGAACAGAAGAAGCAGCGAGUAAAUAUAGCGCAAAAAAGGGGCAGAUUCAUAGUCACUAGUUACUUUUCCCCAAAAUGUAAUUGAAUUAGUAAUGGAAUGAGACUUUCAUAAAUGUAAUUAGCUAGCAGGGAAAUUAAUUAUUAUAUAUUUUUUAAUACCUUCAAGAUUUAGCUUCGUAGUGUGGCGCGUGCCGUUUAGGUGUGUUUAAUGACAUUUCGUGACUUGCAGUUCUCUACCGAAGCGCUAUGGGGAAGUGUUUUUCUUCGCGUUAGGAACCACAACUCUUAAUGGCGACGAAGCGACUUUCAGAUCGUCGAUCAGUGCACAGUGCCAUCCCACAUUUCACUGUCAGUAACGGCUUAUUAACGUGUAAAAUACUAAUGAAUUAGAUCACACGUAAUUGGAAACCAAUAACAUAUUGAAGUGUGAAUACGGAAGUAUUCCAGUUAAGACAGCCGAGGUGUGAAUACGGAAGCGCACUCAUUGCGACGCCGUCCGUGAAAGCUGCGUCUUCUGCCCCCUUGUGGCAAUACCUGUCAAGACAGUUUAGGAAACGACCGUUAAACCCACCAAGCGGUUAAUUUAUAAUGUUACGACACGACGUAUAAUGUUACAUAGAAAUAAAGAUCACUCCAGCCAACCCCCCCAUAUAUGUGCCAUAGGAAUGUACCUGGAUGUAAAUAUAGAUGCACCGUAUUGUAUCAGCUGACAAAAGACAAUGUGAACAAUUGUAUCGUAUUCCACCCACCACAUCGAUCCCCAUCAUUACCCCAUGGCGCCGCUGAGUACUGUGAAUUACAUGUUAUCAUUAUUGUGAAUAGUAAUGUAUUAAUUUAUCAGAGAGGAUGGAAUCAAGAAUAGAUGACGUCAUCCAUCUCAGGUCGUAGUGAAUAGAGUGCACCCCCACCCCAUCCCCUCAAAAAAAACUAUGCGUGUAGCCUCGCAGUCAACACCUAUGAUGGGAACCGGUACUUGACAAGCUGAAGGUGUUUGCUCAGCAAUCAGAUUUUUUUUUUAUUGAAGAAAAUCAUUUCCCCCUUUUUUAAUCAAGCAAGAAAUACAUUGUAUUGUUCCAAACAUGUGUCGUCUUUUAAUAUUCAUCCUUUAUUCUUGGAAUGAAUGAAUGAAUAGAAAGUCAGACAAACGUUACCGUUGUAUGUUAUAAUUGUGCCACAUUUAAACAACUUCUAGUACUCUUUUUAAGAUGCCCAAUAACAACAAUUUGGCCAUAAGCACAAAGCACCUGAUAAACAAAGCUCAUUUCAACAAUACACUAUUUCAUAUCAAUAUUGGUAUCAAUGCAAUCCGCCAUCUUUUCCGCUGUCGCGCAGCAACGCAUCAACGCUGCGUGUGAUUGGUCAACAGGAGGGUUCGACAACGCAACGUAUGAUUGGUCA